CCCUCGCCACACUACUUGCAGUUCUUUCGUGUUCUCUUAACCAAACGAGCUCCUCCAAAGCAUUCUCAUCGGUGUACCACAGACGUGACUGAAGAAGAUAUAUACCCUAGAAUGUGCGAUCACACCCACGUUAAACAGGAGGAGGAGCCAGAGACACCCUACAUUAAAGAAGAAGAACAGGAAGAUAAAAUCUCCAAGUUUUCAAAGACUGUCAGUGUAAAGAGUGAAGAAGAUGAAGGUGCAAGCGAAGAGAGCGGAGCAGCGAAACAUUCGAGCGGCAGCUCAUUUCAACACCUGACAACAAAAGGAGAGGGACAAUCGCAACCGGACGGCCUAUUAGCUCCGCUUUCAGACAGCGACGACCUAACAUCACAUUCUUCUGACUUUAACACAGAUGAGGAGGAGGAUGACUUUGACCAAAAUGCUUUGAAAUCCUCAAACAAGUCAUCAUUGAAAAAAGACAGUCAAAAAGGCGCGGCGAGGAAAGCUUUUCCCUGCUCCCUUUGUGACAAACGUUGUUCUCAGAAGACUCAUUUAGAACAGCAUAUGCUUACACACACCGGAGAAAAGCCUUUUGUCUGCACAUAUUGUGGUAGAAGAUUCAGCGUGAAGACAAAUUUAAAGAGACACGUGAAAACACACACUGGAGAGAAGCCUUUCCCCUGCUUAGUUUGUGGUAAAAGAUUCACAGAUAAGGGAAAUUUAAUCAGACACGCGAAAUACCACACUGGAGAGAAGCCUUUUGUCUGCACAUUUUGUUGUAAAAGAUUCACCGAAAAGAGAAAUUUAACCCAACACGCUGCAACUCACACUGGAGGGAAGCCUUUCCCCUGCUCAGUUUGUGGUAAAAGAUUCACAGAGAAGGGAACUUUAAACAGACACGCGAAAACACACACUGGAGAAAAGCCAUUUGCCUGCUCAGUUUGUCAUCAAAGAUUCUGUCAGAAGGGAACUUUAAGCAGACACGCAAGAACGCACACUGGAGAGAAGCCUUUCCCCUGCUCAGUUUGUGGUAAAAGAUUCACAGAUAAGGGAACUUUAAACAGACACGCGAAAUACCACACUGGAGAGAAACCUUUUGUCUGCACAUUUUGUUGUAAAAGAUUCACCGAAAAGAGAAAUUUAACCCGACACACAAGAACUCACACCGGAGGGAAGCCUUUCCCCUGCUCACAGUUUGUGGUAAAAGAUUCACAGAGAAGGGAACUUUAAACAGACACGCAAAAACACACAUUGGAGAAAAGCCAUUUGCCUGCUCAGUUUGUCAUCAAAGAUUCUGUCAGAAGGGAACUUUAAGCAUACACGCAAAAAUGCACACUGGAGAGAAGCCUUUCCCCUGCUCAGUUUGUGGUAAAAGAUUCAGAGAUAAGGGAACUUUAAACAGACACACAAGAACGCACACUGGAGAGAAACCUUUCCCCUGCUCAGUUUGUGGCAAAAGAUUCACAGAUAAGGGAACUUUAAAGGGACACGCAAGAACUCACACUGGAGAGAAACCUUUUGCCUGCUCAGUUUGUCAUCAAAAAUUCACUCAGAAGAGCCAUUUGGUGUCGCACGCAACAAGCCACACUGGGUAAUGAAUAAUUUCAUGAUAUGUCGACUGACAACUAGUUGAAUGACACCUCUUUUAAAUCUUGAGUGGGUCUGUAUCGUUUUCACAAACCGUAAUUAAAUUUGAGGAGGUUCGCAGGAACCCUGGCACACAAAAAAACUACAGGUACUACAACUACAAGAAAGCCCGCCCAUCUCAGCAGACUAUAGGAUAUGGUUCCAGUCACCCAUGUGCUUUGUUGACAUGUUUUCAGCAAAUUGUUUGAGGACUUUCUUGUGUACUGUAUUCAGAAGAGGCUUCCUCCUGGAGUGAUAGCCAUGCACACCAAUUUGAUGUAGAGUGCGGCGAAUGGUCUGAGCACUAACAGGCUGACCCCCCACAUUUUCAAUCUCUGCAGCAAUGCUGACAGCACUCCUGUAACAAGUCAAUUGACAUUUUGGAGGGAAAAUGAAAAGUAGUACUCAAUUUGGACAUUUAGGGAUGUACGUUUUUUCAAUGGGGUGUACUCGCUUUUGUUGCCAGGGAUUCAGAUAUUAUUGGCUAGAUUUUGAGUUAUUUUGAGGGAAGAAUAAACUCUAUAAGCUGCACACAGACUAGUUUUCAUUGUGUCAAAGUGUCAUUUCGUCACUGUUGUCCCAUGAAAAAAUAUACUUAAAUAUAUGCAGAUAUGAGAUUGGUGUACGCACUGUUGUGAUACACUGUAGAACACAAUAUGGUUUUAAGCAACAUUAUUUACUGCAUUGAGGUUGAGAAAUGCUUUUCUGAAAUGUGAUACAUUUCUCAAUAUAGUUAAUGUGCACUUUGGACUUAUUUUUGUUCAUUUACCUAUAUUAGGCUACUUAGUUAUUUCCCUAUAAUAUAAAAGUCAAUGUUUGCAUUAUCUUCAAAAUA